GAGGCUGCUUCCUUUGUGUUUCUACAUACGGGUCCCCGCGCCCCGCCCGCGUCGUUCGGUGGACGUUGUUAGCUGUGUGACCGUCGGUGUGGGAGCAGAGUCCCGGGCUCCGUGACAGAAGGCGCGCAGGAUACGCUGCUGUACAUACGAUGGCGUCUAGUGAUCCGGAGCGGGAUGACGGAUCUCCUAGAAGCUUGUCACCAACAUUAGAAAAACGUAUGGAGCAUUGUGACCCAUCAAAGUCACCUAAAGCUUAUAGGCAUUAUUCUAGAUCCCGUUCACGUUCAAGGGAGCAUAAAAGGAAGACUGAUGAUGGGAAGAAGCACAGAAGCAGGAGCAGAAGCAAAGAGGGAAGAAGAUAUGAGUCCAAAGACAAAUCUUCAAAGAAAUACAGAAGUGAUGACUUUGAUAAAGAACACUCAGACAGAGCAAGAGAGAGGCUGAAUUCAUCAGAAAAUGGAGAGGAGAGACACCGACGGAAAGAAAAAAGGUCGUCUAGAGGAAGAAGUCAUUCCAGGUCUCGAUCCCGUGAUAGGCGUCAUCGUAGUAAAAGCCGUGACAGGAGAAAGACCCGAUCAAGGAGCAGAGAUCGGAAGAGACGCCCCCGCUCCCGUUCCAGAUCUAGAUCCAGGCAUCACCAUAGGAGCAAGAGUAGAAGCAGGAGUCGUGAAAAAAAGAAGAGAUUAGACAAACCUAGAAGGCACAGUAGGAGCCGGAGCAGGACACCACCUAGUCCACCUCCAUUUCGAGGAAGAAAUACUGCAAUGGAUGCACAAGAAGCACUGGCUAGAAGAUUGGAGAGGGCAAAAAAACUUCAAGAGCAACGUGAAAAAGAAAUGGUUGAAAAGCAAAAACAACAAGAAAUAGUAGCAGUUGCUGCUGCAGGUGGUGGAUCUGUCCUUAAUGUAGCCGCAUUGUUGGCCUCUGGGACUCAGGUGACUCCUCAGAUAGCUAUGGCAGCUCAAAUGGCUGCGUUACAGGCCAAGGCAUUGGCAGAAACUGGAAUUUCUGUUCCUAGUUAUUAUAAUCCAGCAGCAGUAAAUCCAAUGAGAUUCGCAGAGCAAGAGAAAAAGCGGAAGAUGCUUUGGCAAGGCAAGAAAGAAGGGGACAAAUCACAGUCUGCUGAAAUAUGGGAAAAACUAAAUUUUGGAAACAAGGACCAAAAUGUUAAAUUUAGGAAGCUAAUGGGAAUAAAGAGUGAAGAUGAAGCUGUGACAAGUACUGCGGAAUCAGAAAGUUUCAGAACCUUAAAGCAACAAGAAGAAGUUUUUAGAAACUUGGAUGCUCAAUAUGAAAUGGCAAGAUCACAGACCCAUACGCAAAGGGGCAUGGGCUUGGGCUUCACAUCAUCAAUGCGAGGGAUGGAUACAGUCUAGAGAAAAUAUAAGGAUUAUCCACUUCUUGGAUCUUUUCCAUAGUUCAUGUUCUUGUAACCAAAAAAGCUAGACUUCUAGCUUGCAUGGAUGUUGCAUUGACUUUAACUUAUUAAAAAAAAUCAUUUUUGUAAAUAUCAGUGAUACUGGUGUUAGUGAUAUCAGAUUUUGUCUUUUUCCAUGAAAUGACAAUAGUGGGUUAUUUGUUUUACCAUUUGGACAUCGAAGUGAACAUAACGCUUUGUUCCUGCUGUGUGACUCCUAAAGCAGGUCUGAUAUCAUUGCUAAAUGUACACAAAUGUUGUGAAAAUUUCCACAAACAAAAUUUGUGCCAGAAUAAUUCUGGAUGUUGAUAAAAAUGUUUAUUACUCUGUUUUAGGUAUGUUUACAUUUUGUUUAGAUGUCUCCUGUCAGAUAGCACAUAUGUUUCAAUAUGCUUUUGUUCUAUACACUUGUAAAUCUAAACUUUAAAAAAAAAGGCCUUCAUAAGAGCUGGGUUUUUUGUUUUUUUUUAUAUACACAGACGAUACAUCCUUUAUAUCAUAUUUGUGUUUUAGGUUAAUCUUGUUGAGUUAACAAAGACCCUGGCUUGCUAAGGUGCUUGUCACUAAUUGAAAUAAUUUCUGCCCAUGCAUUCUGUUGCUUGAGUAUUCUACUCCUUAAACAAGCAAAAAAGAGUGUUGGAGAAUAAACAUAUCAAAAUCU